UCUUUAUGAUAAUGUGACAGGAGCAUCUCCUUGUGUGAGACAAGCCUCCAUUCCAUUCCCAAUCAACUAUGUGAUCUCUUUUCUCGCUCAAGUCUGCUCUUUGCGCUCCUUCCAUCCUCUCGUCGUCGCUCCUCAGACUCCCUCAAAGCAGUCACGCGACAAAGUUACUUUCAUCGACUCCAAAGUUGACUUUUUGCUCCUGUUUUUUUUGUUUGCUUUCACCGCCACCGGUUGGCUGACUCGCGCGACCCAACAUGGCAACUCCAGCCCCACCGACUCUUUUACCCGUGGCUCCGCUCGGCCACCACCCGGCGGCGAGUUCCGCGUCCCCGGCCACUCAGUCACCGCCACCUGCAGCCACGUCCGCUACCUCCUCCCCGGCUCCUCCGGCGGCGCGUCCGGCGCUGCUGCACCAUUUCCGGGCGGACCUCUUACUCCCGAACGGUACCCAGUUGAAGAGCGGCGGUGUCGGCAUAGGUGUCGGUGUGGUCCCAGUGUCCGGCAACGGGAACAAGCCCGUGUACGCCACGCCGUCCCCGGUGGAGAGCACCCCGCAGAACAACGAGUGCCGGCUGGUGGAGGUGAAGGGAGCCAAGCUCGCGUCGUUCACCGUCAAAGACACGGAGCUCAUUUGCCUCCCGCAGGCUUUCGACGUGUUCCUCAAGCACCUGGUCGGCGGGCUCCACACCGUCUACACCAAGCUGAAGAGGCUGGACAUCACGCCGGUGGUGUGUAACGUGGAGCAGGUCCGCGUGCUCCGGGGACUCGGGGCCAUCCAGCCGGGCGUGAACCGAUGCAAGCUCAUCUCCAGGCAGGACUUCGAGACCCUCUACAGCGACUGUACCAACGCGAGUUCGAGGCCUGGCCGACCGCCCAAGAGGCUGCAGACGGUGACUGACGGCGCCGCUCACCACAUGCUGUCCCACGGCGGUCUGAUGCACGCCGGGAUCAUGCCUCCCGCAGAUCUGUCCGCCCUGGCUAAGAAGAUCAAGCUGGAGAUGGGUGGUUACCAUAGCAACCAGCAACAUGGCGGCCACAACGGAGAGAACGGCGACCACAGUCCUGGAUUGGUUCUGGACCAGCUGCCCUUCAUGAUGAUGUCACAUCCCCUGAUCCCGGCCAGUCUGGCACCGGCCUCCGUUUCCAUGGCGAUGGGCCAGAUGAAUCGCCUGAGCACGCUGGCCAGCAUCGCCAACAUGGCGCAGCUCCACCACGCCAACCCUGCCGUCCGGCCCCCCGCCUCCGUCAUUAAGGAGCGAAUGCACGACGACAGCCCCUCCCCUUCCCCCUCGCUGGAGGAAGCUCAGCUGUCAUCCAACCACAGCAGCGUGUCCAGUUCGCCUUCUCACAUAGACCGCGCCGCAGAAAACACACACCAGCUCUUCGAUGGCGUCACUUUAAGUCACUGCAUGUUGGCACAGUCGGGCCUCAGAGAAAUCGACUCGAUGGAAAGCAAAAGGGGGCGCACUGACAAAGAAUCCAACCCGUUGGCCGCUGACAGACAAGUGUACCAGCAUCCCCCGCCGAGCCGGGACGGCUGCGAGAAGGCGCCGCACCCGGCGGGACACAAGCUCCCGGCAGGUCUCCAGCACGCUCCCUUCAUCUUCCCGGAAGGCUUGUCCUCCAUAGAGACCCUGCUCACCAACAUCCAGCAGGGUCUGCUGAGGGUUGCCAUAGAGAACGCCCGGGCGCAGGAGAAGCAGGACCACCUGGAGAGGACCGAGCUGAAGAUGGAACUGGUGCGCGAGCGGGAGCUGCGAGAGACGUUGGAGAGGCAGCUGAGCAUGGAGCAGAAGAACAGAGUUCUCAUCCAAAAGCGACUGAAGAAAGAAAAGAGGAAUAAGAGGAGACUUCAGGAGGCCUUGGAGGAGGAGGUGAAACUUCGCGAUCAGGCGGAGCACGGCUUCCUGCAGCACGCCGCCAGCGCGCUCCCGGAGUCUGCGAGCCAGGACGCGGACGUUGUCAAGCUGGAGGACGACAGGAUGGACGUUAAGACAACAGUGCAAGAGGGCCGAGUAUUCCUGCAGACAGCCGGCAUGUAUUGAAAGCAAGAUGGCGGACACCUUUGAACUUUUCCACUCUUCUCUACCUUUAAUUUAUUGCAUUUAUCACCCGAUCCCGGACAGUAGUAAGAGCAAUUCCUUUAUUCCGAUGAUGUGUUUGUUUGUGUUUCUUUCGACCGUCGACGAGGAGCGUAGUUGUUUUUUGUUUGGGCUCAAGCGAUCAAUACAGCUUGAGAGACCCAGCCGUGUACAUAUCUAGUCAAUGCUUUUUGUUCUUAUAAUCCAGAAAAGGCAUGUUGUAUAGUCAGUACAUGUAUGGUGUAUGUUAUGCAGUAGGCCAGUUUGACAAAACAAUACAAAUACUUUUUAAUAUUAA